AUGGGAAAUUUCGAUCUCCUCCCUGAGGGAAAGUCAACGCUGCUUCCGAGUGACUCUAUUGGAGUGUCUCUUGCUAACGCCCUGGCUGUGCUCCAGACCUUGCCGACCUUCCCUGAGAUUCUCUUCCCUCUCGAAGGCUGGGACCCGGAACUUAGACAAUACGGUGUGCACAUUUUGAGAUUGGCUGGCAAGUUCGCCGUACUCCCAGGGCUGCACAUACCCUUAGUCGAUGGAGAGCCUCGAGGCACACGGUGCCACGAGGGCGCCUUUCUCUGGCCGGCUCUGUGUGAACAGGCUCUAGUCGCCCUUAUUGGGGACAAGCGACUUGUGCGACUGAGCUUGACUGACGAUAUUCUCCGUGAUUUAUCUGACUCCUAUUGGGUGGAGCGAAUGGAAGUCGCUGGUGGGAACUGGCAAGAUCGUGUCAAUGAAAGCGUCGCGACGGAAAAUACCGUAGUGCUCGCGUGCACAUAUAUGUCCGACCAAGACGCUCAGGGUGUGAACGACGAUCAAAUCAACUUCGUCGAGCAUAUCGAUCAGCAGCGGGUUGCUCUUCGCUGUCCAUUCCAAGAGAGUCCCGAAUCUCUAGUGGAGAUCGAUUUGCAUACCUUCAGCGGAGCAUUCAACUCGAUCAUCACUCUCCGCAACAUUCCACCGAGUGCCAGCCGAUGGACAUUCCGCGGUCGAUUCACCUGUGACACUUGUGGAGGAACGCCAAUUCCUAUACGGCAACCAAUUCCUGGUGGGAAAGAGGUCGUCGACAUCGCCAUCCUCGCGACUUGGCUUCGAUAG